CAAAGUACCCACUCCACCGUUCCUCCACUCCGCCAUUUUUUAUCAAUUUGAUAAAAAAAAGUUCAAGGCAAAAUACAGCCGAAUCCGACGAACUUCAAUCAACCUUUCAGCUGUAUUGUCGCUUCGCCCGUCGCCCAAGAUGAAGACCACUUGGAAAGAUAUACCGCCGGUUCCUACGUCGCAGGAGUUUCUCGACAUCGUCCUAUCGAGAACUCAGCGACGACUCCCGACUCAGAUCAGAGCUGGAUUCAAGAUCAGCCGUAUUCGAGGAUUCUACACUCGAAAGGUCAAGUUCACACAAGAGACCUUCUCCGAGAAGUUCGCCCAAAUCCUCGAGAGCUUCCCUCGACUACAAGAUAUUCAUCCGUUCCACAAGGAUCUCCUUAACACCCUCUACGACGCCGACCAUUUUCGAAUAGCCCUUGGUCAUCUUGCCACAGCAAAACAUCUUAUCGAAACUAUAUCGAGAGAUUACGUGCGUCUUCUCAAAUAUGCCCAGAGUUUGUUCCAAUGCAAGCAACUUAAGAGGGCCGCGCUCGGUCGCAUGGCCACCAUCACCAAGAGAUUAAAGGACCCUCUGGUCUAUCUCGAUCAAGUCCGUCAACAUCUUGGUCGUCUUCCGUCCAUUGACCCUACCACACGGACAUUGUUGAUAUGUGGAUAUCCCAAUGUUGGAAAGUCAAGUUUCUUGCGGAGCAUCACCCGAGCCGACGUCGACGUCCAGCCGUAUGCCUUCACCACCAAGAGUCUAUUCGUUGGUCACUUUGACUACAAGUACCUUCGUUUUCAGGCCAUUGAUACCCCUGGUAUCUUGGACCAUCCUUUAGAAGAGAUGAACACGAUCGAAAUGCAGUCUAUUACCGCCAUUGCUCACUUAAGAUCCGCCAUCCUCUACUUCAUGGAUCUUUCAGAACAGUGCGGUUACUCAGUCGCAGCACAGAUGCAGCUAUUCAAGAGCAUUAAGCCCUUGUUCUCGAACAAGCUAGUCUUUAUCGUCAUUAACAAGAUCGACAUCCUAAGGCCCGAGGAGCUGGACGAGAAGACGGGUGGUGAACUUCAAGCGUUAGUCUCUUCUGGCGAAGUAGAACUCCUUCAGUUAUCUUGUAACACACAGGAAGGCGUCCAGGAAGUGAAAAACGCCGCUUGUGAGCGACUUCUUGCCGACAGGGUUGCCCAGAAAUUAAAGGCGGGCACGUCAAGCAGUGGCAAUAUCGGCGGCAGAUUGGCAGACGUUAUGACCAGGAUCCACGUCGCUCAACCCAUGGGUGGGGCUACACAAGAGGUAUUCGUUCCUGACGCUGUAAAGAACCUGAGGAAGUACGAUAAGGAUGAUCCCGAACGCCGCAAAUUGGCCCGCGACAUCGAGGCUGAGAACGGCGGUGCUGGUGUAUUCAACGUUGAUCUAAGAGCCGACUACAUCCUUGAGAACCCCGAGUGGAAGCACGAUAAGAUACCGGAGAUAUUCGAUGGCAAGAAUGUCUACGACUACAUUGACCCUGAUAUCGAGGCUAGGCUUCAAGCGCUCGAAGAAGAGGAAGAGCGCCUUGAUGCCGAGGGAUAUUACGACUCGGAUGAAGAGAUCGACGACGCGGAAGAAGCCGAUAUCAGAGUAAAGGCAGAAAUCAUUCGCGAGAAGCAAGCAAUGAUUCGCAACGAGUCGAGAAUGAAGAGGGUCAAGAACCGCGCGGUCUUACCCCGAAGGGCUCUCAAGAGACCGCUGUCUCAGCUCGAGGAUGCGAUUGACAAGAUGGGUGUUGAUACCGAGAGCCUACAACUCAGAGGAAGACAACAGACAGUCACCCGUGGCCGCUCGACGACCAGAAGCCGUCUCGGCACCGAGGACUCGAAUGCCAUGGACAUCGAUGAAACACCGAGAGAGAGACUACGCUCUAAGAGCCGAGCCCGAAGCCAGCCCGCGACGAACAGACGUGAGGACGGUGUAACAAGCGAGCUGUCGAGAACAAAGGCGGAGAAACAGGCUAAGUUGGGCCAGAGGAAGAUGAACCGCAUGGCUAGGCAGGGUGAGGCGGAUCGACACAUCGCCGCUUCGAAGCCGAAACAUUUGUUCUCCGGAAAACGGACAAUGGGCAAGACCCAGAGUCGUUAGACAGGGUACCUUAUAUUUACGUUUCUUGCUGUUGCUGUAUAUGACGCAUCCGACGAUGAAUGGGGAUAUCCGGUUUUCGGUUUUCUGGCGUUCUGGGCGGGAGGUACGAGAAUUAGUCCAUCGCUAGAUGCUAGAGAAGAGCUUAUGGGCGGGCAAAUAGUUCUGGUACAGAGACGAAAUGAAUUGAUCAAUAAGAACAAGUCUGGCUUGAUAUUUCGUGUGACUUGGCAAUUUAAGUACGCGAUUACUUUGAUAAGUAGGUAUACUAUCAUACGACGA